AAGAAGGUACAGGUGCUUUAGCAGUUUGGAUGCAUUAUUAUUGGAAUCUAACAAAGUAAAGGAAGCUGUGUCAACAAAAUUAGCUGAAACUGAACAAGACGUGCAAGCACUUGAAACCCUUGAGGAAAAGAAGACCAUGGCUGAACUUACUGCAGAUAUUUCCACUCAGUUAACUGAACUUACCAAAAAAGUUAAUUCUGAAAGUAGUGUAAGUCCUGAUCCUGGUUUAGAAAGCGUAAUACAAAACAUCAUAAAUGCCAUGAUAAAAAUAUUGUCGGGAUCAACGGAAACCACAACAGAAGAAUUGCAGACACUGCAAGAAGAAAUCAGUAGUAAAGUUAGCACAACUGAAGAAAUUUCAGUUGUUGCAGGACUAGAAAAUGCAGUAAUACUAACUAGCAAUGCAGUCAAACUUACAGAAUCUGUGGUAAUAAAACUGGAAACGACUUUUGAUGAAACAAGAGCUUUAGUAACACUUGAGAAAGCCCAACAGAUUUCAGAAGAUAUAAAAACCUUUAUAAGCACCACCCUUGUACAAGAUGAAGGUGGUAAAAAUAGUGUUGUAAUAGAACAGCUUCAAGCAGAACUAAGUAAGUUCAUACAAGUAAAAUUGAUUACAGAAACAUCGAUACAAACAGUUCUUGGAUUGUUUGAAAGUGUGAAAGGUCUGUCAACUGAAGAUGGUUAUGCUGGCUUAAUUGAAAUAACUGAAACUCUUGAUUCUGUUCAAGAAGCGAUAAAUCAAGAAAUAACAGCAACUAUGGAAGCUAAACAAGAAUUAGCAGCAGCCACAACAAUUGAGUUUGCACAAACCUUGAUAGUAGAGAGUAAAACAACACUGUUACAAUUACAGGAGAAAACUACAGGUUUUACAGAAGAAAUGGCAUCUGAAGAAGUAAAUAAUUGCAUUGAUAUGUUUAACCAGGUGAUUUCCGACGGAGUAUCUGAAGAUAUUGUCAGCAAUCUUGAAACUGCACUUGAGGAGCUGAAAGAUUUUGUAACUAGCUACGACACCACCACCGAAGUAGGCGUACAAAGUCUGCAGGAGGCUAUAGAUCUUGCUAAAGAAGCCAAGGGAUCAGUUGACAGAGUAAUUGAUCAAGCUGCAGCAGAGGAAGACAAUGACGUUGUGCUUCUCGAAGAUACCAAGUUGCAGGUGCAAGAAUUGCAGUCACUUCUCGGGCAGCUGAGUGCAGGAGACACUGAAGAAAAAAAUAAUGCAAUUGAUGAAGUGAAAGAAUUGAUUGUACAAUUAAAAGAGAAUAUAGAGGCAGUUUCAGAGGAAACCAUUCAGAUGUUGAUAUCAACGAAUACAAAAAUAUCAAAAAUAGCUGCAUUAAAAGAGGAUACAGUAACCAUAAACGGAUUUGCAAGUACCUUACAAGAAGUAACUGACGAGACAGCUGAACUAGUGUCCAUUAUUGAUGGAGCUCUUGCUGAAGAGCAAAAGUUGGCUGAUCAAGCAGGUUUGGCAUCUGUUUUAGAAAAUGUAAAGGUUGAAGCUGAAAAAAUUAUAGGAAUUAUAAUAACCAUUCAAGAGUUUGAAACAACAGGCACAGACAAUACAGAAACCAUAAACGGUUUUAAGACAACACUUGAAGGUAUUACAGACGUGUUGCUUGUCACUACGGAAACUGUCCAAGAAAUAAAGGUUAUUGUGAAAGAUCUUCAAACCAUUAAAGAAAGUAACAUUAAGCCUGAUAACAUUGAUGACUUAAAGAUGGCUGCUGAAGUUGUAGUAGAAGCAUCUGAAGAGUCUUUGUCUGUAAUCCAAUCCGAAGUCGCUAGUAAAACUACCAUGAAAAUCACAAAAAUGGUAGAGAAAACACUGGAGGAUAUAAAAAUGAGUUUAAGUGAAUUCAUCGAUAGCUUUGCCACUGAGCAGCUGAUUGGUGAAGAUAUUGAAGAACUUAGUACAAUAACUGAAAUUGCUAAGACUAUCAGUUCAAACACAGAUUCAGUAACUGAAGAGGAUAUUGCAUUGUUGAAGGAAACCUUUGCUGCUGCUGAAGAGAAAUUAAAUCUUCUCGGUGAUGAGCAGGGUGUUGGCAAUCUUGUGGCUGCCCUAACUGCGGUGGAAAAAGCAAAGGAUUCUUCAAUGAGCAGUCUCUCAGAAUUAGAAGAUUUGAAGGAAAUUGAAAUGGAGGAACAGAGUCUAGAGAAGAUAAACACAUUACUUCUAGAGGUUCAGACUGAAAUUGAGUCCAAAGUUACAGCAAUUGGAGAGAUAACCACGACUGACUCCAAUGAAGAACUUGCAGAAAUAACAGAGCUCAAGGUAAUAAUGGAAGACUAUAUCUCCAAGGUCUUUGAAAAGACUGAUACUGAUCUUCAGACUAGUCUAGAUCAAUUAAAAGAAAUUACAGUCACAGCAGGCCAGGAAAUAUCAGGGUUAUUUGAAUUACAGUCUAUGACACAGAAAGCAAUUACUGCCGUUGAGGAAGAGCAACAAUUCGUUAUGAUAGCAAAGGAGAGUCGCAAUGAAAAGACCAUUUUAAGCCAAGCAUCUACGGAACUAAUGAAUCUUGAAUUGGAGUUUGCAUCCCUGAGGACCUUCUUUGAAGAUAAUCAGGAGGAACAAACUACACUGUUUAUUAUGGAGGAUAUACAAAUCCUUUUGAGCGAAAUGGAAUCGACAGAGAAAAUAACAUUUGAGACAGUAAAGGAGAUUAAAAAACUAAAUAGUGAACUGAAAGAGGCUUACACUUUGACUAAUAUAGAUACAGGAGUUUUUGAAGAGGUAGAAACUCAGAUAUCGUCCAUAGCAGAAAAUAUAGAAGAAUCAUUGCAAGAAAUUGCAGUAACUUCUGAAGAGAGGGCAGCAGUCACUACUUUGCGGACUAGCAACAAAGUCAUAUCAGAGGUAAAAAUGGUAUUCGAAUCAAUCAGUGUUGAGGCUGCUACUGAAGACAAUGCUGAUAUAGAAGAUUUUGUAACACUGCUCACUGAUAUAAAAGAAGUAGGUAGUGUAAAUGCUGUACAGCUCAAAGAACUGGAACGUCUAGAAAUUGUAUUCGCAACAUUAGAAAGUAUUAGUGAGCAAGAUGUAACCAAAAAGGACGACGCCUUAAUUCUGAUUGAGGAAGUUUCAGAUAUUAUCAGUGAAAAACUAUCAUCUACUCAAACAGCAAUAACAAUCACAGCCAAGUCUUCCGUUCUGAACAAAGCAUCUGAUGCUAUGAGGACUAUUAUCGAUACGACAUCAACACUCAUAACAGAUAUAGGCCUAGCUUCAGAGGAAUCUCCAAAUGAGGAUGUUGCUAGCUUGAUUGUUGCAGUCAAGGAAGUGUCAGUUACAUCUCUCACUAUUGAACAGAUAACUCAAAUAGAAACAACAAUUGAGAAGUUAAAUGCUAUUACUGUUACUGAAGGUACUGGAAUCACAGACUUGUUAAUGCUCAAAUCUAUUGCAGAGAGUAAGCUGGAAGAACUGUUUAACAGUGAUGCGGUUCUAGGAAAGACAAAGAAGGAGGCUUUAAGCUUAAACUCUGUGACAGCUGUUGAAACUAUUGUUGAAAAUCUCAAAAUGGAACUUACCGAUAUUCUGGACAAUUCUGAUAUAUCAGGUUCUGAUGUUAGUAGUGUUAUUACAGAAAUUGCCGAGAUUCUUGUCGAAGAUGUAGAUUCAAUGACAGUUCAAAAAGUCGAGGAAUUAGAGGAAAAAUUCAAUACAUUAGUACGCAUUAAAACAACCAUUAAUGGAGGUGCCGAUGCUAUAACUGGUGUCGUAAACACUCUUUCAGUUUUGGAAGAAAGUGUCAAGGAGAAGAAAUCAAAGAUCGAAAAAGAUCAGAAAAAGAAUUCCCAGAUAGCCAUAUUUAUGGAAGCUGAAAGCACUAUGACAAAAAUAUCAGAAAUGACAUCAAGUAUUUUGGCGAUUGGUGAAGAAACCGCAGAGAGUGAAGAGAAUGCAGAUGUCUCUGCAUUGAUCAAAAGUCUGACCAUGUUUGAAUCUAAUGUGCUAGGAAUAACAAAAUCAACUUUGGGAGAAUUAAACUCAAAAAUAUCUGUAUUGCAGACUCUGGUUGCUAAAAAGCUAGUUGUUAAAGGUAUAACACAGCUUUCAGAUUUGAGUUCCACAGUCAAGAGUACAGUAGAAGGUGAAAUUAGUAUGAUUGUUGCAGAUAAUGCAAGAAAAGAUACUACUGAAAUCAAACAGAAAUAUCAAAAAUCCGUCUCAAGUAUUCAACAAGUGUUUGCCGAUAUUUUAGAGGCUGUGGGUGACGGUAGUGAUGGCGAAAGUGUUGAGUCAGAAGAAAUAAAACAAGCAACAAUUAUUCUUCAAAAAAUAAGUGACUCCUCUGCUACAAAAGAAGACCUACAGACAUUGGAUGAACUAACAGCUGUGUUACAGGAGACCGCUUUUGAGCAGGGAACGAUUAUAACCAACCUUGAAAGUGCCACUACUCUUGCCAGUGACAUUGAUGGAUCACUGGCAGGUGGUCUUGCAGAAGACGUCUUUGAUUUAACAUAUGCAGAUGAUUUAUUCACCGCGAAAGAGAAGGUCUCUUUACUUUCACAAGCUGAAUCCACAUUGACUUCUACAUUAACCGAAGGAGCGGAUAUAAGUGACGAAGCAUUUGCCACAGUAUUAGAAAGCAUUAAGGAAAUUAAAGAACAAACAUCUACUAUCAUGAGCUCAUCUUUCAGCACCACUCUUGAGAAACUGGUUACUGGAAGUACAGGCAUGACGCAAGAGAAGAAAGUCGAAGGGCUAAAGACUUUACAGCGAAUGAUAAAUUCCGCCAUAGUUACACAGUCAUUAAGCAUUUCUCAAGGUUCAGCUUCCCAGUCUAGUGGAGCUACAUUUGAAGUGGUCCAAAAAGCUGAAGAAAAACUUUCAGGCAUUGAAGUUCUUCUUACCAGUAUAAAAGAGAAGGUUAGUGCAAGUGCUGGUUCCGGUACAUCCAUGGAACUUGUUGAAUUUACGAAUUUCCAGAGCUUCUUACAACAAGAAGGGGCAUAUGAUUCCGAGGACAUUGCUUUCAUGAACUCAUUCUCAGAAGUUUUGACAAUUGUAAUUAGUAAACUUGAGGAAGGGGGAGUUUCAGAGAUAAUGAUGCUCGAUGAACUAAUGACAGCCGUGAAAGAGGAAAAAACAGUUGUUUCCAAUGAAGUUAUAACAGCAAAGAGAAAUGUUAUUAAAGAAAAACAGAGCGUGUAUUCUGAAGCUGCGUGUAAAACAAUAAGGAGCAAUUAUCAGUCAGUCCAAAGUUUAGCAGCAGAAACCUCAGGGGAUAUAAGUGAAGUUACAGAAGUUACAGAUUUCUACUUUAAACUGCAGAAGAUUGAUGUAGCCACCAUGACUGCUGUUGAAAUCAAGCUGAUAGAAGAAGGUAUGGCGAGCAUUAUUAGCAGUAUUUCCACAGCAUCAGGUGGUGUUGCCUUCCUGAGCAAUAUAAUAGAGAAACUGGCAGUCAUAGAUGUUCGUGGCGCAGAAAUUGUUGAGCGAAAGAAGACAGUAGGAAAUAGUUUAAUCAUAGAAAAAUCACUUGGAAAGGUUGAGGAAACCUUACAGACUUCAUUACAAGACCUUAAGACCGUAGAGACAACAAUUGGAGUAUUGUCUGAGGAUGCAGAAUAUACUGAAGAUGCAGCUGUGACUGAAGCAUAUAACUUGCUUGUCCAAUACUCUGCUGAUCUGAGACUUGUGCCAGCCGAUUUUGGAGAUUUAAUUGGAGCCAUUGACUUAAAGGCAAUAACUGGAACUAAAGGAACCGGUAUCAAAUACUUCAAAGAGCUUAUCAGUCUUAUUUCUCAAUACAUAACUGCUUCACAACAAUCCAAGGAAUUUGUUGCCCAAUCUGAAUCAGUUGAUCAGAGUUUCGAACUUGAAAGCUCCAUAACUCGUUGCAUGGAUGCCCUGGAAGGCUUUGUAUUUGGAGCAUCGGGCAGUACUGGAGACACAGAGGAAACUACAGAUACAGGAGAGGAUGAUCAAGGAGCAGGUGGAACUGGAGACAUGGGUGGAGCACUUGAUUCAUCACAAGAACAAAUAGACAUAUUUAAUAGUGUCUUUACCAUGGUCAGUGAAAUUACCUUGGGAAGUAUGAGUAUUGAGGCCUUAAAAACUUCUGAAACUGUAACUUUACUUGAAAAAUUCCUUGCAGGAGAUAUAAAUACAGCUCUGGCAAAGAUUGAAGCUACUCAAAUAACUGAAUUCCUAAGUAGUCUGACUACAGUUAAGGCAUCUGUGUCAGCAGAUAUAAAGAGCAAAGAAUCUAAAACUGCAACAAAGAGUUCCUUUAACACCGCUGAAGAAACAAGCAAUACCUUGAACAUCUUAAAAAGUAGCAUUAACAGGAUGUCUACUAAGAAGGGUAGUAGCGACACGGCUGAUCUCUUUGCAGAACUAGAGACCUUACUAAAGAAAGUGACAAAUGUAUUCUUAGUAUCAAAUGAACUUCUUUCUGAAAUUAGAACCAUCACUUUCCAAUUAAGUGCUGCCAGCACUUCUGAAGGAGAUACUGAUAUUGGGGAUGUUACUAAUUUAUUGAGCUCCAUUGAUUCAGUCCAAAAUAUAGUUCAGGCUGCUGCAGCAUCUCAGUCAGCCUUCUUGACAGCCAUGGAGACAGGUGGUGAUGGUGGAGACACUGGCGGUGAUGGUGGAGAUACUGGUGGUGAUGGUGGAGACACCGGUGGUGAUGGUGGAGAUACUGGUGGUGAUGGUGGAGACACCGGUGGUGAUGGUGGAGAAAGCACUUUGAGAAUUUCACAACAAGCAUUUAUAAGCUCACAGUUAGACCAGCUCAUGGGAGAUGUAAUGACAGAGCUUGAAACCCUAAAGAAUGGAGGUGGUUCUGGGAGCUCAGGUGGUGAUGGGUCAGAUAGCUCAGGUGGUGAUGGGUCAGAUAGCUCAGGUGGUGAUGGGUCAGAUGGCUCAGGUGGUGAUGGGUCAGAUGGCUCAGGUGGUGAUGGGUCAGAUGGCUCAGGUGGUGAUGGGUCAGAUGGCUCAGGUGGUGAUGGGUCAGAUAGCUCAGGUGGUGAUGGCGGAGAUGGGUCAGACACCACAGAUGGUACAAGCACUGAGGAUUCAGGUAUUUCAAGUGAGGCGGUCAUAAGCAGAGUAAAUAUAAUACUGCAGGAUGCUAGUACUAACAUAAACAAUCUUCAGUACAGUACUCUGAUGGCUUGUGGUGCUGUUAUUGAGGAACUGCGUGUGCUUGGUGAAACAGAGGGUGUUGUGGUGGAUACAGCAGCUAUAGAUGCCACUCUAACAGCUAUUGAAUCUACAGGACAGACUCUCAAGCAAUCUAUUGAACUGCUCUCUAGUUCGGCCGAUGCAAGUACUAGUGUUCUUGUUACUCAAGAAUCUUCAGCAUUCAUAGCUAACAUGGAAGUUCAGUUCCAAAGCUUUAUAGAUGUUGUUGGCACAGUGACAGACGAAUCAUCUGUUAUAGAGGACUCCUUCCUGUUAGAACAGGCUAAGUUGUUCACAGAUUCAUUAAUUGAACUUAGUUUAAUGAGUACUACAGUCUCACAGGAAACACUCCAGGUGCUUAAAUCAAGUUCUGAAAUUCUAUUCACAUCUGACCUUGUGGAAAACCCUCGAUUUAUACCUGAUCUAAAAGCUGCUGCAUACUUUGUGUUAGAUUCAGGCAUUUCAUUAAGUAAAGUCAUUGGAGGAUUUGCAGUUGGAAGCACUCUGCAAAAAUCACAGACACAAGAAAAAUUAUUUGUCACUAAAGGAGCCCAGACAAUACUGGAAGAAUUUAGUGUUGCUAUGACUGGGAUAAAGGAAUCUGGAGGAACUGCUGAUCCAGACCCUGAAAGUGCAUCAGUGGUACAAAUAAAGACGAUCAUACAAGAUUCUAGAAAUAUCCUAGAAGAAUGGACCUCUGGAAACAUUCAAGAAUACCAAGUAGAAAUGUGUAGAGGCUUCUUGCAGGAGCUUCCUAGCCUGACAGCUGCCCUGAAAGAUGUUGCUCCACUACCUGAACUUGAAGAUUUAACUGUUGAGAUGGGGGCUGCUACACAAUCUAUUAUGGCAACGACAGAAAGGAUAACUAGGGAGGAAAUGGAAGAUGAGGAAGAUGCUGUUAUUGAUGGUGUUUUCAUGUAUUGUGGUCAGCUAGAGUCAUUUGCUGAGGGUAUUGUGGAAGUUGAUGAAAAUGGAGAGGGAGAAGAGCUAGAGCAAGUGAAUGCCAUGUUAACACUCCUAAAAGACGUUUCAGCUGACCCUGUCAGUAUUGAAAUGGCGUCCGUGCAAGAGACAGUACAAAAUUUCAUGAACGUCAUGCAGGGAGUAGAAGCAGGCUCUUCGGUUAAAAACUACAAAGAAGUAGUACAGAUUUUGGGAGACAUAACCAAAUCAUUAGCAUCAACUAGGCAAUCUACCAUUUUCACAAGAGGAGGAGAAGCUGCUUUAGCCGUGAUGGGAGCCAUGCCAUUUAGUGGAAUGAUUGAGGAAAGCAGCACUUUUACUUCUGUAUUAGAGGUGCAGGAAGUGAGUAUGAUGGUCAGUUCUAUGACAACCAGUAUUUUCUCAUUAUCAAGAGGGUCAGCUCGAGAGUUGGCAGCAGCAGCACCUAAGCUACAAAUGGCAAUUGAAAAAUAUAAUGGAAACAUAGCAUCCCUUUCAAUACUUGAAGAGAAUUUGGCAUUCUUUUCAAAAUCAAUGAGUAAUUUUGCUUUUUAUACAACACAAGAAUAUCAAUCCAUGAGAACAUCUCAGAUUUUAGAAGGAUCAGCAAGUAUUAUUGAGGCCGCCACAACUGACUUAAAAACACUCACAAUGAGUAUGGGCAGUGUAGUGACAUAUGAAAGUAAUGAACAGAUCUCAAUGGCCUUCGAUAUCUUAGUCACAUUUGCUUCUGACUUAUCCGCUCUCCCAUUUGACUUGAAGACACAGCUAGAGGAAAUUGAUUUCAGCACCGUGACCUUGCCUGAUAGUGAAGGUACUGGUAUCGAGAAACUAUUUGAGGUUUAUACCAUGAUGAACGGUCUUAAUGAAGCCAUGUCGAUUUCAACCUUAAACACCCAGAACAUGGAAUCCUUAGCAAAAAUUACACCGGUAAAUAGUGCAAUGACAAGCAUUAUCAGCAGUCUGACAAGCUUCAUGACCAUUCCUAGUGAGGGAGGAGAUGGAAGCAAUACUGAUGGAGGUGGAUCGGUUGGUGAUGGAAAUGGAGGCGAUGCUGGAGAAGAAAUAGAUGUUAAUGCAAUAAUUGCGGAUAUUCAAGCAGCAUCAGGGAACUUAUUUGCAGAUGGACUUGUGUUGCCUGAAGGAGACGUGGAAAAGCUUGUUGAUGCCAGUGAAACACUGAGCAGCAUCUCUGCAACAGUGGGAAGUGAACUCGAAGAUAUACCUAGCUUGAUUUCUGAAUUAUCAGAAACAUCUGCCCAAAUGAGCCAACUUGUACGAGGGUAUGGGACAGCAGUUCAAAAUAGGUUAUUGUAUUCCAGUAUUGAAGAUAUAGCCACCAUGUCCACUAUGAUCAAAUCAGCAGCCAAUGUGGGUGUUCCUGCUGGUGCCCAGGGCCUUGUUGAUUCUAUGGUUACAAUUUUUGAAACUUUAGUAAUGGGUUCAGCUUUCAUCUCUCAAGAAGACGUUGUUUCCCUAAAGAGUUUGGCGUAUGAAUUCAGUGUUAUGGCGGAUGGCAAUGCUGGAGCAGAUGUUACUAUGCUGAUGGAGCUUAUUGAUCAGACAGACACUGUGCUUCUGACAACGCAAGGUUUCCUAUCUUCUCAGCAAUUAUUCUUUGACAGUAUGAUGGAAAAAGAGUUCAAUAUCGAGAUAUUUAAGGCCGAAUCAGAACAAAAUUCUGCCUAUCAGCAGUAUUACUUCCUUGAUGCUAUGGACAGUCUACUAAUGUCUCUAACUAGUAAUCUAACAGGAUUGAUUGAUGCUGGAGGAAGUGGCGAGGAAAUGAACAAAACGUCAUUAGCAAGCAUUCGCGCCGCUCUCACUACUGCUGGUGCCGAUAUGGGAUCUAUGGAUAUGAACCUUGUCAGUGGAAUUGGAAUGUCCUUAAUUGCCAUCCAAGAGGCGCAAACCAAUGGGUUAUCUGUCAAUGUAACAGAAGUUGAGAAUCUUCGUGAUUUUGUAGAAUCUGUUCAAGUAACUAUCAGGAAUGAAAGUAGCAUGAUGGAAGGCUAUGGAAGGACCGUCACAGAUGUCUUUGCGGCUCAAGAUGCACUAAACAUUCUGGAUGCAUUUGAGAAUGAAACAAUGCUUUGGUUCGGUGAAAGUAAUGGAGAUGAAUCGGCUGGAGGAAAUGGAGGAGACGAUGCAGUUGGAGAUUCAGGUGCAGUUGGAGAUUCAGGUGCAGUUGGAGAUUCAGGUGCAGUUGGAGAUUCAGGUGAUGAAGGUGGGUCAGAUGAAGGUGAAGAAAAUAGUUUGCAAAGCUUCAUGACAGAAGUCAGUGAUAUACUCAUGUCCUGGACUUUCGACAGCUCAGCAGUAGAUGGUAGUUCUGUAGUUAGAUUCAAAAGGACCAUGAAGAAACUUACAUCUAUGUUUGAUGUUGCUAAUGAAGAGGAUAUUCCAGAAUUGCAGAUAUGGAAGUAUAGUAUCAAAGAAUCAAGUCUGUCAGAGCUGAUAAGUAAAGUGUACUUGGAAACUGCACAAGAAGGAGCUGGUAUUGAGGAGGUAGUUUAUAGGUUUGAUUUGGCUCACACAGUACUAGAAGAUUUGUUAGAACUACUUGAAGUCUUGAGCGGCUUGGAAUCCCCGAAGGACAUAAGGCAAGACCAAAUCAAGAAGAUGAAGAGGUUUGGUAAAGAACUUAAGAGCUUGAAGAAGGUUGAGGGCGCAAAACUAGGUGAUGAUGACGGCGCUGAACUAAAAUCACUAGUACAACAACAAAUGGACAGUUUUAGUGAAGCACUAGAAUUAAUGACUACCUAUUCAGAGGAAGUCUCCAGCAAAGUCCAAAUCAUAAAAGAAAUCUCUUUCUUCCAGGAAAUCACGAAUUUCCUGCAAUAUUCCACUCAGUUGUUAGAUACAGUUAAUGGAAACAGCAGUGGUGAAUCAGGAGGCACCACAGAAGGAGGAAAUGGAUCGGAUGGAGGCACUACGGAAGCAGGAGAUGGGUCGGAUGGAGGCACCACGGAAGCAGGAGAUGGGUCGGAUGGAGGCACCACAGAAGCAGGAGAUGGAGGUGAAAACUGCAGUAAUGAAGAUAGCGUGUUAUGCGCCUCCCAGCUGUUGCUAAAAGCACUACAGCUUGCAGAAACAGAAGGUGCAGACAGUGAAGGCGACACAGCAGAAGGUUCAGUCAGUGAGGGCGAUGCAGCAGGAGGUUCAAACAGUGAAGGUGAAAGCAGUGACAGUGGUGCUGGUGGUAUGGGCAACAGUACAUCUUUCCGGUAUCAAAACGUACGGGAAAAAAUGCACGGUUUCUCUAAGGCAAUGAGACACUUCAGCAAGGAAGAAAGCGGCUCCUUAGCUACCACCAAAAACCUGAUUGCGGACGCUAAAGUUAUCGCUGACAAAUUUGUUGAGGAUCUGACAACCGAGUCAAGUUCCAUGACGUCGUUUACCGAUGUGUCUGCACACUAUACAGUACCAGAAGUAACUGUCACCGCUUCCAAUCACAGCCAGAAGGACUGGGAGAUGACAAAUGAAUCAUUAGAUGAAGCACUAACACGUACUGAAUCUCUACAAACACCUGAUGGUGUACUGAAGUUCUAUAAUGCCUCUCUAAUCGACCUCAUGAACAUACGUGAAAUUGUACAUUGA